AUGUUCAAUCCCCGCUUUCUCGUUGUCAGUCUGGGCAAUCCCUUGCCCAAAUACGAAAGUCUACAUUCUGCCGGUCAUUUCGCUCUCAAUGGCCUCGCUCAAGUCUUGCGUCAACCCUCCUUUCGAGAGGUGGCAUUCGGAGUUCAAUCGCCUACUCUGAUGAACAUCUCUGGACGUUUUGUCGCAAAGGCGUGGAAAGAAAUGACCAAUCAACAUGACCCCUCAUCACUCAGUCUAGUGAUUGUUCACGAUGAACUCGAGAAGGACUUGGGCAUUGUGCGGCUCACGGCGUGGGACCGAAGUCACAAAGGCCACAAUGGUAUCAAAAGUGUCAAGGGAUCUCUUUCACAAAAUAAAUACCCCACGUCGCCGUUUGUACGAAUUGCCGUUGGGAUUGGACGACCCGCCGAGAGAGACCCCGAGACCGUUAGCCGUUACGUUCUUGAUCGGAUAUCAAGCGACAAAAGGAGAAUUCUAGAAGAAGAAGCACCAUGGAAAGUCGCCGAGUGCCUAGUUGAGCUGGAAAAAGAAUGGAAGACUGAGCUCAAGUCAUGA